AUGGAAUCCAUCUUUCUCCUUGGUGAAGAUCAGCGCGCCGCCUUUCUCCGCCAUACAAUGCAGUCCUUUCCAUCUACUACUUACAUUUGCCUCUGGUCUUAUUCAUCCCUCCCUUCCAGUUGUUUGCUAUUUCUGGAUGGAUUUUAUGAUGAAGAGAAAAUUGGGAACCUUGCUGCUACAAGGCUUUUCAAUGCAUAUUGCGGAUCAAUUAAGUACGUCGAUAAUUUGCAAAGGUUGCCCGGAUUAGCUUCCAUGAACAACGUCCCGUACAUGGAGGUGGACGUUGAUUACCUUCUAACGACGAUGCUAAUUACAAGUGAAAACGCAGCGCAGAUGCAAUUCUACCAGGUGGCUGGGAUUAAGACCGUCGUGUUUAUGGGCUGCGCCGCCGGAGAGAUUGAGCUAGGCUUCUCAACUAAGCCUCCGGUAAAUCUGCAAUCAGAGAUUCAAAGCCGGUUUUAUCUUCAUUUCCUGGAACAAAUACCUUCUUCUUCUUCUUCAUCAUCAGUAGACAUUCCAUUUAUUAGCAGUACUCAUCACUCCUUAAUUCAAACAGAAGAGCAACAAGUGACUCCUCCUCCCUCCGCCUUUACAAGAUAUCAACCCGGCCUUAUAGUUGCUUCAACUCAUCGCAACUCCAACAGCCUAUUCACCAGAUCUCUUUCCUUCUUCACAAACUUAAAUACGAGGAACAGCCUUCAGAUGCACCAUGCAAUCACAGAAAGAAGGCGACGACAGAAGCUAAACCAUAGCUUCCAAAUUCUAAGAGAUUUAGUCCCUCAAGUUUCUAAGAAGGACAAUGCGUCACUUCUUAGCGAAACAACUGAGUAUUUAAGGUCGUUGAGAUCUCAAUUGGGAGAGCUCGAAGCCAGAAAUGAUUUAUUGGAAAUGCAACUCUCCACAGCUCCAAGGGAAGAAUUAGGGUCAAGUAGUCAAAGGGUGAGUGUGGAGAUCAAGAGGAUGGCUCCAUCAUCAACAUCACAACCGCGAUUCUUGGAUUUGAGAAUUAGUUUGAGAUCAAGGGAAUGCAGCUUGUCGGAUUUGGUUGCUAGGGUUUUGGGAUUAUUGAAACAGCAGGAAAGAAAUGUGAGCUUGUUAUCUCUACAAUCCAAUACCAGGUUUGUUGAAUCACUUCCAGUUCAUGGCCUAGUCCUUAGAUGCAAGGUUGAGGGCGAAGAAUUUGACGAGUCUGGUUUCCAAGAAGCAGUGAGAAGAGUUGUUGAUGACAUGUGA